CUCAUAUUUUAUUGUUACAUGUUUUGUAUGCAACGGUCAGAAUUUUAGUGCCAUACGCUUUGUUUUCUGCGCUUCGUUGUUUCAGUAUGAACUGCCACGCAAAGCAAGGAAAGUUGUAUGUGAAUGGGGCUCAAAGGAUCUCCGUCAAUGCGUUAACGCAACAUAUUUCAUUACUCGUUGUGACGUAUCUAUGUUGAGAUACUGGGUUGUGUUUCACAUUUAAAUAAAUUGAUUGAAUGAUGUUUGUUUACGUUUUAUGAUUGAAACUAAUUUAUCAAUCAUUACAAAUAUUUGAAAAUACCAAAUGGUUUUUGUAGAGCGCGUAUUUACAUAUUACAUUAUUUUAUAUUUCGGUGGAAAGACAUUUAUAUAAACUAUAUUUUUUAUUUAUUUGAGAUGAGUGUUAAUACAGAUGAAAGAAAAGAUUUAGAUAGCACUUUAGAAGAUGGUGCCUGGUUGGAUUCUUUUGACAAGUUAUUGGAACCAAGACCUGUAUUGCGGGAGUUAAAUAUUUUAAAAAAGGAGGUGCAUGCGUCAUUCAAUCGAGAUUCUAGUGUGGAAAACAGUAUAAACAGUAAGGGAAAUGAAUCGGCGCUUUUGAAACCUUCGCAGAAAUUACCAAGCGAUUUAAAGGAAGAUAUACAACGAAAACCUAAUUCAAUUUCUACUCCACUGGUGCAUCGUGGGCUUAAGAUGGAUCCGUUUAAAUGCUCAUUAUCACCAAUUGGCGCUUGGCGCCUUUUAUAUUUUGAUAAGGGUAAACAUAUUAACGAGGACAGUAUGUGUGUAGCAAAUCAAAAAAGGCAUUUAAAUUGCACACCUUUAACACCUCGUAUACAAAUAGUUGAGUGCGAUGAGCCAGUUAAAAAUUCUGCUUUAAAUGAAUCUCAAGACUCAACUCCAACAUUGAAUAGACAAACAAAUCGGUACCAACAUGUUACGAGGACGAGUAAUACGAGGCACGUUUGUUUUGAGGCAACAAAUCGCAGAACAACUCAAAAUUCAAAGAAAAAGUCAGAAAACAUUGUGAUAAAUAAGAAAGACGGUAGCAAAGAAGGCAUCCGAGUUCCUAGUCUCACUUUGCAGCCAGGAAAGUGGCGAAAAUCAAUCAGUGCUUGGCGACGCAAACAAGUUGAAAAACGUCCAUGUUCUUUGGCAAGACGACAAUCAGAUAAACGCAACAGUUCUGUGGAAUUUAUUGGUUUCGUUGGUACUAUUGUUGGUAAAAGAAAAUCUAUAUUUUUGAAACCUGAGCGCAUUUCGGAAAAUCUAUUAAGAAUAACCACACCUGAAAGUGAUGACGUGUGGGAGCGUCGUGUUUUGAAUCGUUGCAAUCAAACAUUUCCUCUACCAUUUGAGGAGCUGUAUUCUGCAGAUAAAUUAACGCACUGUGUGAAAAUUGGUGAAGGUGCUUAUGGUGAGGUAUUUUUGAAUACUAUGAGUAAGCGAAGAAUGCCAGAUGCGAACAGCACGGUUAUGAAAGUCAUACCGAUUGAAGGAGACAUUGAUGUCAAUGGAGAGAAACAGAAGACAUUUGAACAAAUAUUGCCAGAGGUGGUGAUUUCAGUAGAAUUGGCAAAUUUGCGGAACGGUGUAAAUUCUGAAAAUUUUACAUGCGGAUUUGUGAAUGUCAGAAAGGUCGUUUGUGUUAAAGGUCAGUAUCCUAAACAUUUAAUAAAGCUUUGGGAAAUUUUUAACAAAGACAAAGGCUCCGAAAACGACCAUCCCGAUAUUUUUGAUGACACACAAAUUUAUGUAGUACUGGAAUUGGAAUUUUGCGGUCGGGAUUUAGAGAGUUUCCAAUUUCAAAAUGCCGAGCAAGCGUAUGGUGCGCUCCUUCAGAUUGUGCUAACAUUAGCUGUAGCAGAACAAGCAUUGCAGUUUGAACAUCGUGAUUUGCAUUGGGGAAAUAUAUUAUUAUUGAGCACAAGUGUGAAAGAGUUGAAAUUUACCUUGGACAAUCAUACGUAUACCGUGCCUACAAAAGGUGUUAAAGCUACUAUAAUUGACUAUACACUCUCGCGUAUGACUUUUGAUAGCUGUUGUCACUAUAAUGACAUUUCCUCUGACGAAGAUCUCUUUACCGCCACCGGGGACUACCAAUUCGAUAUUUAUCGCAUGAUGCGGGAUAUAUUAGGGAAUAACUGGGAAUCUUUUGAACCUCGUACAAAUAUAUUUUGGAUUUCAUACAUAAUUACAAAAAUGAUUGACGGUGUUAAAUAUAAAAAUACCCGCAGCAAAGCACACUCCACAUAUUAUUCAACGCUAAAUAACCUCAUUGGCACUGUGAUGAAUUUUAAUAGUGCUUUUGAAUUUUCUAAAUAUUUAAUGGAUUCACGAGUUUAGCAUAUUUUAUAUUAGUACUUAUUUUUUAUAUAUGACAAUGAAAUUUUUAUUUUUUAAUCACUCGACAAGAACGCAAUUUUAAAUAUGAAUGUUUGCAGGACAUUUAUUACAAGUAUUAUUUGAAUCUGAAGUUGACAAUAGCUUAAUAAUAGCACUGGUUAUAUUUUACGACUAAUUUUAGUUAUGAUUAUUAUGAAUUGUUUCUUUUUUAUAUUUAUUUUGUUUUAGAAAGUUGUUUCUCUUUUCAGUUCUUGGAAUUAAUGAAACACACUUAAAUAAUUUAUUUUGACGAACAGUUUAUCACUUUAUUAUGCCUCAAUUUUAAACCAGCUUGUUGUUUCUGUUUUAUUUUUGUAUCAUAGAUCUUUUUAAAGCCUGAAUUAUAUUUCUUUAAGAUUUUAUAUUUCAAACACGAAAAUAAAUACAAAGGAUAAUGCUCAUUAGCGCAAAAAAAUUAAAUAUAUUAAGAUAUUUUCCAUUGCUCUGAUACUUGUAGUAAUGUAUUUUCUGCAUGCGCAAAUAUUUUUAGUGGGUUUAAGAAACGAUAUAAUUGCAAUAAAAUAGAUAUAUGUUUGUCAUUGCUAA